AUGCUCAGCUCCAACUUUUCCAAAAAAUACUCUUUCAAACGAGAAAUCGGCAAGGGUGCAUAUGGUGUUGUUUGGGCUGCUGUCGAUAACGAGUCAAACACAGAGGUUGCCAUUAAAAAGGUCGGCCCCAAGAACUUUGAGGAAGAAAUCCUGGCCAAGCGCGCCUUGCGGGAGCUCAAGCUCUUGCGGCACCUCCACGGCAACGAUAAUAUCACCAGCUUUAUCGAUGUCGACAUCAACUCGGACGACCCCGAAAGGUUCAACGAGAUCUAUCUGAUCGAGGAGCUCAUGGAGGCCGAUCUCAAUCAAAUCAUCAAGAGUGGCCAGAGCCUGACCGACCAGCACUAUCAGUACUUUAUCUACCAAAUCGUGCGGGGGCUCAAGUGGAUGCAUUCCGCCAACGUUCUGCACCGCGAUCUGAAGCCCGGAAACUUGCUCGUCAACAGCGACUGCGAGCUCAAGAUUUGCGACUUUGGCCUCGCUCGUGGCGCAACCGAUGCGGCCAAUGUGCUUAUGAACACAGAGUACGUUGCCACAAGAUACUACCGCGCUCCCGAGGUGGUCCUCUCGCCAAAGCACUACACCAAAGCCAUCGAUAUUUGGAGUGUCGGCUGUAUCUUUGGCGAGCUGUUCAUCGGCAAGGUUCUCUUCAAAGGCUCCGAUUACAUUGAUCAGCUGCAGAAGAUCUUUGAGCUCCUCGGCACUCCAGAAGAUCCAACCUUGAUGAGUCUGUGCAGCGCGAGGGUUCUCAAAUACCUCUCCAGUUGGCCGAAGCGCCCAAAGGUUCCUCUCCAGAAGGCCUUUCCAAAGGCAGAGCCUCUGGCUCUGGACUUGCUCGGCAGAAUGCUCGAGUUUGAUCCGGCCAAGAGAAUCACGGCAGAAGAGGCGCUUAAGCACCCGUAUCUGGCUGCCUACCACAGCCCGGAAGAUGAGCCCGACUGUCCCUCAAUAUUCGAUUUCUCGUUCGAGUCGGCCCGCAGCAUUCCUGAAAUCAAGAAGCUGAUCGUCGAGGAAGUUCGGCACAUCAAGAAGAUGCAGCAGAGCGGACCCAUGAGUGCCGGUGUCGGAUCCCCAAAACGUCUUGGAGCGCCCUCUGGCAACGGCCCCGAAGUCGCCCCCGACCGUGCCCAGGAAGUUCCGAGGUUCGAGUCGGACGGCCAGGCCCUCGGCGGGGCCGGCGGUGCAAACACAAUCGAGGAGGAGCUCCAGAUGAGGGAUUUGAAGAUCAAGGACUGA